AUGGACGUGAUACAGAAAAACAUAACGUCAAAUGCAAAGGGUAUAUUUUUGCCAGAUCAAAGUCGUUUGAAAAAAUUUACCAUCCCUAAAAGAGCUCCUGAUAAAGGUUUGCUAACAGAGUGUUCCAAUAAUCAAAGAGACUGUAAUGAGAUUAAACAACGGCUGAGUCAAAGUUGCCUUGACAAAGAAUGUAACCUCGAGUCUUUGUGGCAGUUCAGUAAGAUGAAAAUGGUUCACAAUAAAGAUCUGGAAGAAGAAUUUGUUGCAAAGAGGACUAAGUUGCGUGAAGCAGGAAGGCAAGAUAAAGAAACAUCUAGCUUUUUACUUGUCUCUAACAAGGAAGUCUCAAACAUUUGUCAGAGUGGCCUGCACACUGGUCAUUCCAAGAAAGAACAACAAAAUAUUAUGAAGCAACUUGGAAAUCCUCAAUUUGGCAUAUAUUUAUUCAGACACAUUGAUGUUGCUCUGAAUUAUGCAUCCGAACACUCAAUCCCAAUAGAAAAUAUAAUUAUUUUCAGGGUUCUCUUAGGAAAAGUGAAAAAAAUUCAGCCUCCUAAAGGCAAAAAGAAAGUUGCUUUGGAUCCAACUCCAAACUUUGAUUGCCACAUGUCCAGAAUGCAUCCUUCAGUUAAGGAUUCAUUGGAAGACCAGGCCAUUGGUUCUUUGAUAUAUUUUUAUGAAUACAAUGAACAUUCAAAACCAGUGGACAAGCCUAGGCAAUGCCUUCCAUAUGCAGUAAUAGAAGUAAAAUGCAUUAAUCAGAAAAAUGCAACUGUCUCUGCUUCAACAUCUUCGCAGUGCAGACCUCAAAAAUUGCCUAAGCAUGUGGGAAGAAGACUACCACUGGGAAACUGUACACGAGUGACAAGGAUAGGCAAAAGCCAACUCAUCUAUGAACAUUUCAGAAAGCCCAUGAUAGGUUGUGCAGUAAACUCAGAAAAUAAUGCAUCUCCUUCAUUUUCUGGAGGCCUACAGAACUGGAACAGCUCUAUAGUUCAAACCCAAAACAAGCCCAAAUCUACUGGAAGGUGGGAUUCCACACAUACAGAAACAAAUGAAAUUAAUCUUCAUUGUUCCCCUGAUCCGGAUGUCAGCAGAAAUGUUAGAAGUGCCCAUAUUGAAAACUCUAAUAAAAAUCCUUUGAAAACUCAUCCUGAAGUUCCUCCUGCCUGUGAUAGCAGCUCAAGUACUGUAAUUACUUCAAAACUGAUUAAGGAUCCAAGGUUAACAAAAAGGGAAAAGGUCCUAGGGAAGCAAAAUGGAGAAGCAAUCUUAGAUGGGAUUUCACAGUGUGAGAAUGAGCUGGACUAUAACUUGGAAAUGAAAGUAUCUGCUGCUCUAAGCAUGCCAUAUCCUGUAACUGAGAAUUUUCUUCUUAACUCCAAGAAUGCAGUUGGUCAGAAGCAAUAUAUGGAGAAAACAUCUUGGGAAGAAAAUUUGGAAGGGACUAUAUUGCCAUCUGUGUUAAACAGAAAUAAAGAUUCCCCAGUAAAUGGUGAGCAACGGUUAAGUAAUGUCAAGAAAAACAUUUUGGGUUCUCAGAAUACUAAUACAGAUCACUGUUUGAAAACCUAUGUAGGUGAUAGUUCUUUAAGAUCAAAGGUCUGCAAAACUAAUAAUUCAAACAGAACCCUUAUGGAAUAUGUAAAAGGAGAAAAAGGAACAAGACAUUCAAAAUUGCCCUCAUUACACCUAAAUCCUUCUAAAACGUUGAUUAAUGAAUGGAAAUUUCCAGACCAAAAUCCAGAAAGUGCAGCAUUUGGCAAUCAUAAGAUGGAUAAUAGAGGAGAAAUGGAGAGCCAAUUACAAGAAGAUUAUGCUUACAUUUCUGAAAUGCAUUGCUCAACCAAUUUGGAUACAAAAUGUUCUCAAAACAAUUUUACUUCAUCAGAGGAAGAACACAAUGAUAAUGCUAACAGUUGUAGUCUCCACGAUUACACAUUGCAGUCGGAAGUUUGUAAAAAACUGCAUAUUUCUGAAAAGGUUAUGGGAGAAGUCUGGGAUGAAGAUCUCAGUGAGCAGUCUACAGAGAAUCAAAUGGAUGCAGAGAAUUUUGAACAAAAUGUGUGCCAUGCAGUGAUAGAAUUUGAAAAAUUCAACAAGAUUGAAGCACCUGUAAUGAUUAAUAAACAAAUAUAUACAGCAUGUGAAGUAGCAAACAGCUCAGUAGGUGAAAAAGAAGAGAGUACUAUAGAGAAAGUAAAAGAUAAUUCUAUCAUAGAGAGAAUCAUGCAUCAAUCCCCAGCUUCCUGUGGAAGUGACACAGUACUGAGAAAUUUUAAUGGAAAAUGUGUGUGUUUUCCUGAGUCAGUUUCAUUGGAUAAAAAUACUUUUGGAGAUAGCAAAGAGUGUCUUCUUUCCUCAGGAAUAUUUGUUGAUGAACAAAGGAACUAUAAAACAAACAACACAGCAAAUACCAAUGAUUUUGAUCAAAUUUGCACAAGCGAGUUGGAAGAAAAAGGUAAAAGAUAUAUCCCUACAUUGCAGGUGCCUUCCUCAACAGAAAGUUCAGCAAAGGAAACAUCAGAAAAAGAAGAUUCUGUCAAGGAGGACGGGAUAAGUGAUAUAAAAUGCUGUAUGGAGACUUCAAUGAACCCUGAAAUUUUGGAUUCAGAAAGCUCAGGUUCUGACUUCAACUUCAGUGGUCAAGGUAGAGGCUCAACAACAGAAGCAAAGCUGAUAAAAAGAAACAAUAGAAAAGAAAAAUGUGAAAGCCUGCAUGACCAAGCAUUUCUAACUAAAGGUACAGACAUGGUGACUUGUCAAGAAAAAGAUUGCACUGCCUCUGUGAGAAGUACCUCUGUUCCUGUACCUUUGGAGAAUAUAAAGUAUACAAAAUUUAAAAAUGCUCAAUCUCACUCAGAGAUUUCAGGUCUUUCAAAUGCAAAUUUUGAAGAAUUGAACAAUAAUUCCUCUUGUGAAGAUGAUUGUCUAGAAGUAUUUGAACAGGAUUUAGAGGUAAAAUGCAAUGACCAGAACCUGAACAUCAUUGGUGACUUUGAAAAUACAUUAGGAGAGUGUAAAAAAUGUAUCUCCACGUCACAGAAGCCAUGUAAACAUGAAAAUUAUUUGGAGAAAAUGGAUGAGUAUCAUUUUUUACAAAAGCGUAUUGAUUGGGAUAAUCUCUUAGGAAAUCCUAGUCAGAAUACAAAGGUGUCUGGAAAUCCCUCUGUGGAGGAGAAUAAAAAUGAUUUGGAAGAAAAACCUGAAUUGUUUGUAUGUCCUGACCUGCAGAUUACAAUCACCAACAUAAUUCAGCCAAAACUGAAUUCCCCUCAUAGCUCUUCCAGAAUGAAGACAGAUAUGGGGAAAUGUUCAGGACAUAAAAUGGAUAUUAAAUGGUUGCAGGAGAAAAAUGCCAAACAUCACAGAAGGAAAGAACAGAACAAUUCAGAUGAGAAGUAUGUAUUUUCUUCAAUGUCCAAGGGACAAGUUGAAACAUUUGUGCAGUCAGAAGAGUAUAUUAAGAAUGUUUUGAAUACUCUUAACACUCAAGCAUUGUUAUGUAAAAACAAACACCUUUCUCAGAAAAUAGAUGGAGCAAUGUUUCACUUAAGAAAAGCACAUCGGAGGGUUCAGAAAUCUUUAAAAAUAUUAUCAAAAGCGGGAAGGAAGAAAUCAAGUGAAUCAUCAAAAUCAUGUGAAGUCCUACAAUGUGUAUCCUCAUCUAACUGCGUUUCAGAUAUGCCUUGUAGCUGUGAUAACGCGAGAAAUGCAAAACUAACUAAACUUCACACAGUCUCCGAGAAAUCUAGCUUAGAUACCAUGGAAUUGAAAAGUACAAAGCCAAGCGGUGACAAACACAUUAUGAGCAAUGAGCAGAAGAUUCAUUUAAAUGUCAUCUCUGGAUAUAAGACCCAAGAAAAUAUAAAUACCAGCAUGGUAAGCACGGAGCACGACAUCAGCUCUGAAGUUAAUAGAUGUACAAGCAAAGAUAGUGCAAAACAUUUGAAUACAGCUGUUGAGAAAAAGGAGUCAUGUGUCAAUCGAGAAGACAAAAGAAAAGAUGAAAGGACUUGUGACUCUGAUAUCAAGGCAAGUGCAAUUAAAUUUGCCAUACCAGUUCAAGCGGCAUUAGAAUCUUCUGCAAAAGUGAACAUUUUAAAAGCAGAUAAUAUUUCCAUAAUGCUGGAAAAUGUUUUUUCUGAUGAAAACAAAGCUCUGGGAAUAGCCCCAGCACCACAAAUAAAGAUAAGCUUGAGUGCCAAAGCUUCAUCCAAUGAUUACGAACUUUCUCCUGUGUCCUUGGAAAAUAACUGUUUUUCAAAUGAACCUUUUAACAACUGCAGAGACCUCAGUCAUGACAUCAAACAUCCAGAAGUAGGAUUUGAACAAAAAUCCCUUGAUUUUAUCAUUAGAAUAUCAGAGAUCUUGAGAAAGGCAGAUGAAGCCACAUCUUUGAAUGUAUUACUUGAACAAGUUAUAUUUUGCAGAAGCGUUCUUCCCUCCUUCGUUAGAGCUUUCGAAAAAAAGCAGGGAUGCUCUUUUGAACAUGUCUUGGUUUCGAGGGAGAUACUUGAGAGUACUGAAAGAAGGGUGCAGGCUAUUAAUAAAUUGAAACCUUCUGCUAUAGAAUCCCUGAUUGAACUACAGAUCAUAAUGGAAACCAUUGAAUUCAUUGAAAAUAAGAAGAGACUUUUAGAAGGUGUACCAACCUUCCGAAGCUUGCUUUGGUAUGAUGAUUCACUGUGUAGGGAGUUGUUUGGUGGGCAGUCAGGUUACCAACAACAAUCAAAUUUCUAUCCUGCUUUUCAAAGGAGACUAGAAUAUAAUGCUCUUGAUGAGUUACAAACCCAUCACAAACAAUUAGUGGAUGCCUUUAAUAACACAAGCUGGGAACAUAAUUCUUACUAUUCCUUCUUGAAGUUGAGGCGAGAAAUAGAGGAAUGUGAACAAGCAAUGAAAAGCAAUUCCAAUUUCUCUGAUUUUUUCCUUUCUGUCCCAUAUGUUUGUGGAGCUAACUUUGGAGAUACUCUUGAUGACUUAGAACAUGCAAGAAAAAAUACAGUAGAUUUAAUAAACAGAUCUCAAACUCCUGGCAUUAAUCUGAGGGCAGAAAAGGAAGAGCAUCUUUGGUUCAUAAUGGAGAUUAUUGUUACAAAGGUAGAAUUCAUAAAAACUUGUGAAGAUGUGAAUAUAAAAGCAUCACUGUUUGGACUUGAGCACAUAUUUUUUGAUGCUGCUAAAAGUCUUGCUUGGACAGAAAGAGUUAAGUUUAUAAAUGGAGAUUUUAAAGGUGAGGAAAGACAAUCAAUCAAAAUAAAUGAAGCUGACCUAUCUAAACUCUAUGAGACUUAUCAGCUUAUGAUAGAGGAGUUUGGAAGAAGAAACCUCCACAGUGCUAUUGAAGAACAGACUUUCAAGAAAUCUUCAGUAGAUUCUUGUAAUUGUGAAAUGGCAGGCAAGCAACAAGAGGCAAAUUAUUGUAUUACAAAGUCCCUCAUUGUACACCAGGAUAUUGGUUUUAUUGGUGAAAUAUUAGGUGAAGCACAGUCUUCAGAUACUGAGAGAUUACAACAGCUCGUGUGUAGAUGUACAGAGCAUAUGGAAAUGUUGAAACAGUAUUUUCAGAUUUUACAGGAAGAGAGUGACAGUGUUUUAAUCACAAAAGAAAAUGUGCUGGGAUUCUUGAAAAGUGGUGGCAUAAAUCCUGUCAUUUUGAAACCAGAAGCUGUUGAGGUGUAUGCUGAAAUGACAAUGGUACAUGAAACAGUUCUUUUUCUUGAAAACUCAAUAGCAAGAAGAGUAGAUAAACCAAGAUUUCGAAGUUUGUUAUGGUUUGAUACAUCACUUGUACCUGAACUUUUUCGAUGUCAAGAAAAAAUGGCUUCCUUCUCUUACCGGAAAGGCAACCUUAUAGAAAUUAUAGACUCUUCCAUCUCUGAACUUAAAGGUGAGUGGGAUGCUAUUCAUGGCUAUGCAGGAAAUUUGAAUUGGUCAUAUGCUCUUCAUCUUCUCAAGAGAGAGUUUGAAGAACUUUCAGAAACUAGAAACCUGCUGCAAACAUCGAAGUCCUUCAGUUCUAUGUGUGUCAACUUGGUACCGUAUACUAUAAGUUUAAACUAUGGAAGUACUGUGUCUGAACUAGAAUGCAACUACAAUCAGUUUUCUUCACUUCUUGACAAAUUGAUGAUGUGUGAAAGGAAGGAUAUAGGGAAAAUGGCUCACAUAAUGAAAAUAAUGAAGACUAUUGAGCAUAUGAAGUUUGUCUGUUCUAAACAGGAAAAAUCACCUUUGCCGCUGGUUAUAUAUCAAAUGGUUAAAAACUGGAGAAAAUCUUGCCAGUUGAAAAGACAAGGUCUGGAUACUGCUGAAGGACAUAGCCCCAAACACAGUAUGUGCAGCAGUGGCCUCCCAGCUUCCCAGGCCUCAGAUUACCAGUCUCAACACAAAAGACCUGCCAGUAUCACUUCAGAAGAUUGUUCCAGUUCAUUUGAGGAGAUGAGUGAUCCCUCGCCUACAAAAAAGAUAAAGAUUGCUGAUUCAUUGAAGACAACCAAAGAAAAGAUAAACGAAGAAGAAACUUGCAGGAUUUUAAGAGUGAGUGGAAAAUAUAAUUUCCCUAAAGACAAAGAACUACAGUUAAGCAUUUCAACAGACAAUAUGUGGAAUAAAAAACCUGGCAGUUUGAGAGAGACAGCACCGAUCUCACCUUCACAGUUAAAAGAUUUGAAAGCUGCUUAUCCCUUUGAAAGCAUUCAGUCUUCACCAAAGGUCUCAGAAACAAAGUUCCUUUUUUCAAACACAUUAGUUGGUCAGCAGAAUCUAGCAGAUCUAAAAGAUUUCAACGAGAGCAGCUGGAAUGCAAAAGACCAUGACCAAGAAUAUAUUGCAUCCCACAAUGAGGGAGGUGAAAGUCUUUCUUUACCUUCAGUGACAGUUGAGUUAUUACAACAAUCUCCUGAAAACUCUCCCACUAGAGAUGCUGCUAAUUCUGUGUUGGGUAUGCUAAAUGAGCACCAUAACUUAAAAUCAGAUGUCCUGGGAAAUGCUUCACAUUUAAUGCCUGAAUGUAGCACAGCUUUGAGUUCACCUCUAAAAUCUGAUCGAAAUGAAGGGAAAUGUGGACAGGAAAAAAAUGCGACCCCCAACUGCACAACCACAUAUAAUUUAGAUUCCACAGUGAUGACAGAACUAAAUAAAGCCACGGAAUUGGAGCAUUUGCAGAUGGAACCAUCAUACAGCGAAAAUAACAAAACCAAAUUUUCACCUUUAAAUCAAAAUGAAGAGACUGAGGAAACCUCUCAGUUGCAGAGUUCUCCUGUGCAUAUUUAUGGUGCAGUUUAUCCUUAUUACUCUUGGUACUUAUAUCAAAAUCAUUGCAAUACUCACUCAGUAACUCAGACAUACCAGGAAUUAAAUUCCUGUGAAAUGCAUCCGCUGACACCUGGCAUGUCCACAACUACAAGCAUGGUGUAUAACACAGAGUCUAGUAUGUUUUGUUCACAGACUUUGAGUCAUUUCAGUGUUGGAGAAUCACAAAGGUUUAACUUAGCCCAAACCUAUCCAAUGUAUGGUUAUGUCAGUUCUGCUAUGGCCUUUCCAUAUAGCAAUUGGCAACAGCCAUUGUGGUAUACAGAAAACCAGCCUUGGGCACAAGUUGCUUUUCCGUAUCCUUCCAAUAAUGGCUCAGAAGAUUAUGUGGCUCUACAGUAG